GGCUGCGGUCGGCUGAGCUGCUCGGUUCUGUGCGGGGUUGCGAGCGGGUCUCCAGCGCGGAGACGGUGCCCGGAGCCGCACUGCCCGGAGCCACUUUUCACGAGUGUCUGAGACCACCCAACUCCUUCCCGAGUCCGAGGUCACAGAAAUCAUCCGGAGCCUCGCUCCUGAUCCACAGGUCCCAAUGGGACACGCAUCGGGGACUGGGCGCUUCUUUGGCGUUUACUUGCUCUACUGCCUCAACCCUCGACAUCGUGGCCGCGUUUACGUAGGGUUCACGGUCAAUCCAGCUCGGAGGGUCCUGCAGCACAAUGGCGGUCGCAAGAAAGGAGGGGCCUGGAGGACCAGUGGGAGAGGACCUUGGUAUGAGAGUAGGAAGGUGAUGUGUGAAACCAUUUUCCUGGGGGAGAUUCUAACAGAUGCCAGGUCACUCUAUAUAAGAUACAGCAGACCAAAGUGUGACGGCACCAAAACCAGUUUCAGUGAACCAGCAAGUUUAAUGACGUCACUUACAAAGCAGCGUGGAAAGGAGAUGGUACUUGUCCUGCAUGGCUUCCCGUCUGCUGUGGCGGCCCUUCGGUUUGAAUGGGCCUGGCAGCACCCACAUGCCUCGCGACGCCUAGCACAUGUGGAGCGCCGCCUGCGCAGUGAGGCGGCCUUCACCUUCCACUUGCGUGUUCUGGCGCACAUGCUCCGCACGACACCUUGGGUGCGCCUCCCACUAACACUGCGCUGGCUGCGACCAGACUUCCGCCGUGAUCUCUAUCCACCCCCUCCACCACACAUGCCCAUGGUCUUUGGACCGCUGCCACCAAGGACCUUGGCUCCGAAACGACAGGCUGCGUCUAUGGCUGACAGUGAGCCUCAGCUGGACCGGGAUGCCAAGGCCACCUGUACCCUAUGCACGUGCACGCUGCAGGAUGAAGACAGCCCCCUGUGUUGCCCCCACUCGGGCUGUCCCCUAACAGCCCACGUCAUCUGCCUGGCAGAGGAGUUCCUGCAGAAAGAACCAGGGCAGCUUCUGCCCCUAGAAGGUCAAUGCCCUAGCUGUAAGAAGUCAUUACUUUGGGGAGACUUGAUCUGGCUGUGCCACAAGAGCACUGAGGAGGAAGAGGAAGACCUGGAAUCAGAAGAGGAACACUGGACAGACAUGCUGGAGACCUGAUCUUCAGUGGUCCUGACCCUGACACGACUCCAUGUCUCCCCCUCUUCCCCACUGGGUUGUAGUUUUUACUUGAGCACAAUAAAAAAGUCUGAGUUAUA